UCCACCUUCCUGCGGCUGCUCCGCUGGCCUAAAAGUUUCGCCAGGUGGUGCGUUCCGUGCUCGGCGACCACCAGCGCCAAGUGUGCGCGCCGUCGGAGGCCAAGAAAGUUCAGGAUCUCCCAUUUGAGGACCCUCCCUUCACUUUGUGGGUUGUCUAAGAACCUGGAGGUUCCAAAGGACUUAGUUUCAUGCACCAGGUGGAGAGUGAGCUGGAAAUCUGGUUUGCAUGCUCAUUUAGCAGUAAAAAAGAAGAAAUCAGCGUUCUCUCUGGUCAUUGAUUCCCAGAGGGGAAAAACAGAUUUGAAAGCAUGUCUAGCUCGCAUGUGUGAAUAUGUCUAAUGCAUCAUUAACCUAAGGACCUCAGCAAUUGGAAGUUACAAAUUUUGCCAUCAGCUUACGUUAUCCUUUUUGGUUUGGUUCUUUUCCUCAAACAGUGGAAACAUCUUUCUUUCAGGUUGCUUUUGUUGCAGAGUUAAGCAAAUGGCUGAUAGUGGCUUUGGUAAAAUAUCCAAAAAAUGCUCCAACUGUUCAUCUACUUCUCAGACAGAACUUUGUGUAUGUUCUGGCAAAACAAGCCUUUCUCCAACAUCGGUGGUGGAAAUGUCAGAGACAUCAAGCAUUGGUAGUUCAGACAUUUCACUUUCAGACAUUUCACUUUCACCAGAGAGAAAAAAAGAACAACAAACCAGCAAAAAUAAUGUCUCUGCAAAAGAUUUGCCCUCAAGAACCUCAAAUGUAGAGAGAAAGGCAUCUCAACAACAAUGGAGUCGGGGCAACUUCACAGAAGGAAAAGUUCCUCAUAUCAGGAUGGACAAUGCGGCUGCUAUUGAGGAAAUCUAUACUUUUGGAAGAGUAUUGGGACAAGGGAGCUUUGGAAUGGUCAUUGAAGCCACAGACAAGGAAACAGGAACUAAGUGGGCAAUUAAAAAAGUGAACAAAGAAAAGGCUGGAAGCUCUGCUGUGAAGUUACUUGAACGGGAGGUGAACAUCCUAAAAAGUGUGAAACAUGAACACAUCAUACAUCUGGAACAAGUGUUCGAGACGCCCAAGGUGACUGAUUUUGGCUUAGCGGUGAAGAAACUUGGCAGGGGUGAAGCCAUGCUGCAGACCACAUGUGGGACUCCUAUCUAUAUGGCCCCUGAAGUUAUCAAUGCCCACGACUAUAGCCAGCAGUGUGACAUUUGGAGCAUAGGUGUCAUAAUGUACAUUUUAUUAUGUGGAGAACCACCCUUUCUGGCAAGCUCAGAAGAGAAGCUUUUUGAGUUAAUAAGAAAGGGAGAACUACAUUUUGAUGAUCCAGUCUGGGAUUCCAUAAGUGAUUGUGCUAAAAGUGUUUUGAAACAACUUAUGAAAGUAGAUCCUGCUCACAGAAUCACAGCAAAGGAGCUACUAGAUAACCAGUGGUUAACAGGCAAUGCACUUUCUUCAUUGAGACCAACCAAUGUGUUAGAAAUGAUGAAAGAAUGGAAAAAUAAUCCAGGAAGUGAUGAGGAAAACACAACAGAUCAAAUGAACAAGUGGUCCAUUCAAGAAAAGUUGAAAGGUUACCCAGCCAGUGGACCCAGCGGAAAUGUCCAUGAUGUCACUAGCACUUCACAUGAAGACGAGGAAAAACAGUUCCAAAUGCCCUGGACAUUAUGGAAAAACAGUCUGCACCUCCUCAUUGCUCAUGUUUGGACUAAGCCCACUGCUUAUAAAAAGAAAGUUCCUGUGACCGGUAAGAAGGAAAAUAUGGACAACGUGGACAUGGGCUGUUCAAAUUCCGCAUCUGGCAGACUCCUACCAGCCGAAAUCAAGGGAGAAAUAGAGAAGUCCCUUGUGACUUCCAGCCGAGGGGCGACCACCAAAGACACUGCUAAGCCCCUUGCGCUAUCUAGAACCAAAAAGAAACUCUAAGAUUCCCUCCAGUGCUGAAUAAUACAAAAACAGAGCUGCACUUUGUAGUGCUAAAAGGAGAGAAUAGGAGGGGAAAAGGACAGUCCGAUGCCUAGCUUUUAGCAUUUUAGCUCCACUGAGCCCUGCGGUGUGUUUGCACCAGCUUAGAAUUGAAGCCGGUUAUCUCCACGCUGCGUGGUGUUCAAGGACAGCCACCAGCAGGGUUGAUGGCGGGCUGGGGCUGACGUCAACUCGAGAUGUUUUCAAAUGUUGUUUAGAGCAGCAGGUGCCCUCGGAGUGAGGCUGCGGGCAUACUUGCUCAGUUUUACUUCACAUUCUUAAAUUUAGGCACAGUUUUUAUAGGGGAGCGUGACAGCCAAAUGUGGUCAUGGAGGUUCCUAAUAAUUAGGUGCAGUUUGUGCUAGAAGACUUCGUUAGGAAAUUACUAAGAAAUUUACCAUGGGCACAACAGCACAAGUGCUUCGGCCAUUCACACGUGUUCUUGUGAUUGUAGGUUGCUAUCGGAUUGUUUAAGACAAUUUAUUUUAAAUGUAGAAAAAUAGGAGAUUUUGUAACUGCUUGCCAUUAACUUGCUGCUAAAUUCCCAAUGUAUUGAUUGAAUCAAUAAAAGACAGAUGUUACCCAUGCACAUUAAUUUUUAUG